GCCGAAAAAUGGAACAGAAUAUCUCGGAGAAAAAACCAGCCAUCGCCCAGACUGCAGACUUCGAUGUAAUGGGUGCCUUAGACUGGAAAGACGGCGUUGCCACUUUGCCGGGUAGCAACAUACAAUUUCGUUUAAGUGAAUUUGGAACACUGGAGAUCAUUACUGAAGCUGAAGCAAAAGCUGCGAAAAGUCUUUCUGUCUCAGCUGUAAAUACCAGUUCAGCUAUCCUUCAUGCAUCUACCUCUUCUGCUUCCAGCACAACAGCUCGCAAUACUGACGCACCCCCAGAAAGUAUUCCCAGAUCUGAGUUCCAGACCUGUGAAAGUCUCAAGCAUUCCAGGCAAAUGGAUGGCUUUGAGAAUUCUCGGUCUUGCCCUCAGGAGCAUAAAGACAGAGUUUCUAAGGGCUCCCCAGCCGACUACGGAAAUCGGACGAGUAGCAGCCAAGUGUAUGAAACCGAGAGACCCUCCAAGCGUCUCCGAAGGAAGAGGAAGUUGCUUUUGGAUUCUGAAGACGAGGAAGAAAAUGCAGAUGAUGAGGAGGAGAAGAAUAAACUGAAUUUGAAAAGCCGUAAAAACACUAAACCAAUUAAGCAAGUUAUUCCUGGAAAGAAGUAUGUGUGGAACUGGAUUUCCUACUUAGAAGAAGAACAGAUGAUGGCUGCGCCGCUUAAACUAUUCAAAGAGUCGCAGUCCUUUCCACAGAACAAAAAUGGAUUUAAAGUUGGAAUGAAGUUAGAGGGCCUGGAUCCUGAACAUCCAUCUUUAUUUUGUGUCCUUUCUGUUGCUGAGGUGCAAGGGUACAGGAUGCGGCUGCAUUUCGACAGCUAUUCCGAGUGCUAUGACUUCUGGGUUAAUGCUGAUUCUCCAGACAUCCACCCUGUGAGCUGGUGUGAAAAAACAGGCCACAAACUGCUUCCUCCUAAAGGCUACAAGGAAGGAGAAUUUAAUUGGGCUUCGUAUUUGAAGAACUGCAAAGCCCCAGCUGCCCCCAAAACUCUUUUCAAGACACUCAGCACACCAAUCACACCUUCUGGAUUUCGAGUGGGAAUGAAGUUAGAAGCAGUAGACAAAAAGAAUCCUUCCUUGAUGUGCGUAGCAACUAUUGCAGACAUGUUGGAUAAUCGGCUGCUAAUUCACUUUGACAACUGGGAUGAAAGCUACGAUUAUUGGUGUGAUGCUAGCAGCCCAUAUAUUCGACCUGUUGGUUACUGCCAAGAAACUGGAACUCCAUUAACAACACCAGCUGAAUACAAAGAUUUCAAAAGCUUCUCGUGGGAGAACUAUUUGGAAGAAACUGGUUCGCAGGCAGCCCCAGCAAGAGCAUUUAAACUGCGCCCAGCUCAUGGUUUCCAGACUAACAUGAAACUAGAGGCUGUAGACAAGAGAAAUCCCAUGCUAAUCAGAGUGGCAACCAUAACCGAUAAAGACAACUAUCGUCUCAAGAUACACUUCGAUGGCUGGGACCCUAUCUUUGAUUUCUGGGUUGAUGCUGACAGUCCAGACAUUCACCCUAUGGGCUGGUGUGCAAAAACAGGACACCUCUUGCAGCUCCCACUAGGGACUGAGGAUCCAUCAGGGGCAGCAGGACAGGGAUGCCCUACUCCUGGCUGUCAGGGGAUGGGUCAUGUCAGGGGACCCAGAUAUGGAACGCAUUACACGCUGGUUGGCUGCCCUUACUCAGAAAUCAAUCUGAACAGAGAGAGCUCCAUACAGGAUCGCCUAGGCGGGGAGAGACCUGCACCAAAUAUCAGUAUUCAGAAGCCCAAGCAGCCCGAGCCUUCUGCGCCGCUUUCCGAUCUACGGGAGGAUUCUCCGCAGUCCAGAAAGUCUUCCAUGCAAGAUGAGGAGAGAUCAGGGAGAAGCAGUGUCCACAGCCUAUCAGAACAGUCCGAGACCAGCCAAGAGAAGGACUGGACAGAAGGGGAAACGUCAACUAUCACCAAAAUCAAAUCCAAAAGGAUUGGUUGCUCACAUGGUUAUAUAAAGUUCCAGCUAAUGAAGCAAGAAACUGAUGGAAGAGACACAGCGUUUGCUCUGCAGCAGGCCCUCCACCAGUCCGUCUUCAUGCCGUCCCUUUCCACAAACCCAACCCACCGCCUCCAUCUCUGCUGGGAGCAACACUGCAAACUGCUGCCGGAGGUCUCAGGCCUCACUGCCAAGAACGUGGCCAAAUGGAGCGUGGAAGAGGUGGCUGGCUUUGUCCAGCGUUUACCAGGUUGCAAGGACCAGGCUGCGUUAUUCCGGCAAGAGCAAAUCGACGGUGAAGCCUUCCUUCUCCUAAAUCAAUCGGACAUUGUUAAGAUCCUGAGCAUCAAGCUGGGGCCCGCACUGAAAAUAUACAAUGCCAUCCUGAUGUUUAAGACGGCAGAAGAAGCUUGA